AUGGUACUCCAACAAGUCCUCGACGAGGCCCAAGCCAUCACUCUUCCCCUCUACCACCAACAAAGUCAUCGAAAUCCUGGUUCCGUCACUGACCCAACACGGGUCAUAAGCAAGAAGAAGCACUACAGAGGGGUGAGGCGCCGUCCUUGGGGAAAGUACGCAGCUGAAAUUCGAGACUCGGCACGACAAGGCGCGCGCGUGUGGCUCGGAACAUUCGAAACUGCCGAAGAGGCUGCAUUGGCGUAUGAUAGAGCUGCGUUUAAAAUGAGAGGUGCGAAAGCUCUCCUCAACUUUCCAGGUCAAGUAGGGGCUCAUUCGGCUAUUGAGAAAUUCGAGCCGAAUUUUACGUUCAAGCUGCUUGCGAAAAAUCAAGAAUCGAGCUCGGGUCUGAAUUCGAGUAAGCAAGCUGCUGAAAGUGCUGGUGAAGAGACAGAAGAUAUUAAUGAAUUAACUAACUAUCGGCAUCUGCUCAAGUUGUAG